AUGAGACAUACUCGGACCCAUGUCCCGCCCUUGGAUAGUGUAUCCAAGGAGCGCAUGCUCGACCUUGUCCGCGAAUUCGAGCAGGUUCGAGUUUUUGACUCCGACCUCAAGAAGGUUCAUCAGUAUGAGCGGAAGUCUUUUUAUGAGAAUCUCGACCGAGUUGAUCGCGAGCGCGAAGCAAUCCACACAGCUGCCCUCGAUGAGGCUGCUGCUUUCCACAAUCGUAUCCGCGAGGAAGCGGAAAUGACCCUAAAGGCCCACAUCCGUGCCGAAGAGGAAGAACGCCUGCGGAAAGAAGAGGCGGCCCGCAAAAAGGAGGAGCACCGACUCGCUUGCGAAAAGGCUGAAAAGUUGCGACUCGAACAAGAGGCAGCAGCGCGCGCGGAGGCUGAACGACAAGCCAAGGAGCUGGCUAAGAAGAAGGCCGAAAAGAAGGCCGCGGAGGAAGCAGAGGCUGCGAAGAAAGCUGCUGCCCUUGAGACCGCACGCAAAGCUGCACUUGAGGAGAAGCUUCGUAAGGAACGUGACCUGGCCGACAACCAAAAACGCAAGCAAGAGGAGGAGGCCGAGAAGGCGCUGCGGGACGCAAAGGAUAAGAGUCAAAGCUACCAGCAGAAGCAGCUCGGUGGCGGUGUUCUCUCUGCUGAAGAUAUCCGCGUGCAUCAGCGUUACGUUGAAUUGCAUCGGACUCUUAAGGAAAUGCGCAAGUGGCUGAAGGAUAUUAGCCAAGGCCAGCCUGCUCUCAAGACCACUAUCGGAAACAUGCGGCGCUCGAUCAAGAAGUCCGUUGGCCAGCUUCGAACUGGAACGGGUGCCAACAAGGCACAGAUCGCGCAAAUCAAAUCCGAGCUCGAGAAAGCGCUCACGUACCAGGAGCCGACGGUCGACAUCCGGAAGUUCAUCGCGUUCCCACCCGAGGAGAUUGCAAAUUCUGAAAAUAAGGUCCCAGCCAUGUUAAUUUACGGACUAAACAUUUUCGCAAAGAGUCUGGUAUCUUCUCUACUGGCCGAAGCAUCUAUCAAGCACUCACACGCCGAGCCGAUCGGUAUCGUUGCCGCUCAGAUAUUCUCGUUCGAUAUUUUUACAUACAAGGGUAUCCAUAUGUCGGACAUCAUGUUGGCCAAGUAUCGUGUCGUGUGUCCAGCUCUCUGGGGCUUCACAGGCAAUGAUAAGACUGAGGGAGGCCGUCGCGUCCUGGGUUGGUGGCGUUCUGCAGAUACUGGCUCCUGGAUCCCAGAGUCAGCACAUAUGGACCGCAUGACUGCACUUGGUGCUGGAUUUGCUGCUAUUACCCUUCGCAGUUUCGCCAAAUCUCCACGCCAAAACCCGUUCCCAAACACCAUGUUUUGGGCUACCCUUCAUAAGAUCCUUGCCAUCCCGCCUGCCGAACUGCAGGAGACACAGGUUGCCCUCCUGGCAGCACUGCUGCGAUCGUCAGGCGAAAGGAUCAUUGGGUUCUUCGGGCAGUAUGGAGUCGCCCUCAUGCGAUAUGCCAUCGUGGACUUGCCUCGCAAGCUGCAACGAGAGACCAUGGCGGUGACUCAGUUGAGCACUCUUCGGGAUUUAUACCUUCGAGAGAAGAAUGUGCUCCUUUGA